GCCACGUCAUACAGUCGAACGCGAACAUACAGGUAAAGUAUUUCAUGGAGUACUGUUGAAAGAGCAACAGCAGCUAGGCUAGGUCAUAGUAGCGGCGGCGCGGUGGUGGAAGAUGACUACCAGGAAAGGGCCGCCGGUUCACCAAAACAAAUUCGCCUGGAAACCCAACCAAGGCGUUAAGAUCAACGAAACCGAAGUAGGAGGGAAGUUCAGGCCGUUGUCGGAGGUAACGGGGGUCUGCCCUCGCUGUAAAGACCAGAUCGAAUGGAAGCGCAAGUACGGCAAAUACAAGCCUCUCUCCGAGCCUGCCAAAUGGUCUCUCUCUCUCUCUCCAUAUGUAUAUAUUCAACGAUGUUCGAAAAGGGCAGUUCGUCAAGCUUACCACAAUCUUUGCACGGCUUGUGCUAAGGAGCAAAAGGUGUGCGCCAAGUGUUCGUGCCGCGUGGGUCAAAUCAUUGGAAGGGACUCUACGGAAGUAGAGGCUGAGCAGAAGAUGCUCGAGGAGGCUAUAAAAAAUGCUCGAGAGAGAGAUAGGAGGACUCUAUUACGCUCUAUGAACAAAGGAAAAUCUCAUAGUUCAACUACAGCGAAAAGCCCGACAAAUGAUGGAGGGAAGGCUGGGGAAUUAUUUGCAGCUGAGUCACUCGAGGAAUAUGCAGAGUUUAGUAGAGAUACUGAAGAUGAUGAUGACAGUGAAGAUCAAGUUCAGGUUCGUAACUGAUGAGCGAGGGUGUAAAAUAUUGCUAUAGCCAAGAGAGCUCCACUUUUGCUAAAUGGAUCUCCUGCAAACAAAGCCUUCAUAGACACAUCGCUGGGAUACGUAUGUUGUUGCGCUUUGUUUUCAUGCUUUGUAUUGAAAAUAGAUUCUUUUGUCCUUUUAUCCUAAGUUUGAGAAUGAAAGAUAUACUUACUCAAAA